CCUUCAAAAGAAGCUUGACAUGGCUCCAGAGAAAUGCUCUCAGGAUGUAACUGGUGGUACUGAACUUGAUGCUUGCAUCUGUUAAAAGAUCAACUAAAAGCCCACUUGGAAGCUGUUGUCACUUUAUGCGAGGACUGGGCGGCACCGGAGCCACCGGAAGGCGGCGUGCAGGACCGCUUGGGCAAACUGUCGCGUACGUGUGACGCAAUCACCCCGCGUCCGCGCAGACGAAGACGCCAAGGAACGUGGAUAGUAGGAAGCAUGGCGACCACCGCCCAGCAGUCCCCUCAGCCUGUUGCCGGAAAGCGCAAAGGCAAAUCCCAGUUCCUGCCGGCCAAGCGGGCCCGACGCGGUGACGCAGGCGGCCCGCGGCAGCUGGAGCCCGGCCUGCAGGGCAUCCUCAUCACCUGCAACAUGAACGAGCGCAAGUGCGUGGAGGAGGCCUACAGCCUGCUCAACGAGUACGGCGACGACAUGUACGGGCCGGAAAAGUUUAUAGACAAGGACCAGCAGCCCUCUGGAAGUGAGGGAGAAGACGAUGAUGCAGAGGCUGCCUUGAAGAAAGAAGUUGGUGACAUUAAGGCUUCUACAGAGAAGAGGCUGAGAAGAUUCCAGUCAGUGGAGAGUGGAGCGAAUAAUGUAGUCUUCAUCAGGACGCUUGGGAUAGAACCUGAGAAAUUAGUGCAUCAUAUUCUCCAGGAUAUGUACAAAACCAAGAAAAAGAAGACAAGGGUUAUUCUACGAAUGCUGCCCAUCUCAGGCACAUGUAAAGCUUUUUUAGAAGAUAUGAAAAAAUAUGCAGAAACAUUUCUGGAACCCUGGUUUAAAGCCCCAAACAAAGGGACAUUUCAGAUUGUAUACAAAUCUCGAAACAAUAGCCAUAUGAAUAGAGAAGAAGUUAUUAAAGAGUUGGCAGGAAUAGUGGGCAGCCUCAAUUCAGAAAACAAAGUGGAUCUCACUAAUCCAGAAUACACGGUGGUAGUGGAAAUCAUCAAAGCUGUGUGUUGCCUGAGUGUUGUGAAAGAUUAUGUGCUGUUCAGAAAAUACAACCUCCAAGAAGUGGUGAAGAGUGCAAAAGACUCGCAGCCUCACCCAAAGCUGGGAAAUGGCAAAGAAGCAAAAUUGGAACCUGAUAGCAAGUUGAGUCAGAGUGAUCCCCCAGAAGGGAACCAGGUGGCACCAGAGAGUAUCGAGGAGCUCGGGCAGACAGAGCCGGGGUCUGAAACCCAGGCGGGGAGUGAAGGAGACGCUAAACCUGAACCUGAAAGUCAAGUCUCAGAAGUACCCAAGACAAAUGAAAAUGAGCUCUCAUAGGUCAUUCUGUGGGAAGGUGGUCUCAGCUAGGGUUCCAUAUGAAAUUGUGAUAAUAUAUUUUGACUUUUGUGUGCUGCUCAAUGCUGAUCCCACAGUCCCCGUUGUCAGUUUUGUUAGAGCCUUCCAGGCCUGUAUGUCGGUAUGCAGAAGCAUACACUGUUUCUCAGGGGAGGGUGCUAGGAGGAUGGUGUUGGCUUCUCCUCCUCUUUACUCUCUCUAGUUUCCUUUUAAACACUGCCAACUGAUGGGACUGGACAGUCUCUGAGUGGGAAAUGACAGGACAUUCCCAGGAGGGUGUGUGCUAUGGCUCAGCUGUCCCUGCUUGUUCUGUUGUACACAUAGAGAAGCUGCAUUGUGGAUUAUAUGGGAAUCACUUUGUGAUGCUUUCUGCUGUUAGUUUUUCUUGGGUUUUUGUUUGUUUUGUUUGCAAAUCUGAUGUCUCAUCACUGCAGGUGUUUUGAGAAGGUGUGAGUGAGAAGAGAACUGCUCUAGGUGUAGACCCAGGGGUGUUUCUGAUAAGGUUAGGGAUGAGGAAUCACUGCCGGGCCACAUAUCCUAGUACCAAAACCAGGAAAGAAAGCUACUAUCCCAGGGUUUCACUGGACUGCUGUCCAAGCUGGUCUGUCAGCUUGUGGUGCUUUCCAGUGUUCGUCACAGGCAGAGAUUGGAAGGGUAGAAGGGAGCAGUGAAUACUGUAAACCCAGCUGUCCAGGUGGGGACUGUAACAUAGGUUGGGAACUGGGUUUGUGCUUAAAUCUUAAUGCACAGAGCUAGUGACGUGAGAAUAUAUACUUCGCAUCACACAGCUAGAGGCUUGCUUGGUAAGCCAGACCAAGAAGAUAUGGGAGAAGCAGAGAAUAGGCAGUACCUUGCUAAUGCAGACGGGGCUAGACCAUCCUCAGGUGUUUGACAUGCUACCUCGGGUCUGAGAUUGAAACCAUCUUGAAAGGAUAGGCCUUAGGGUCACUUAGGGGAACGGGAGGAGAGGAUCUUGGUGCCUUCUUGUGGCUUGCUCCAAGAUAGAGGGACUUUUCUUUUAAUAGUGUAGGACAGAGGGCCUGAGGACCAGUUACUCUUGGCUCAGACAGGUUGUUCUGGAGCAGGGCAGUUGCUGCACUUGGGAUUUUGAUCUAUACUUUGCUUUUAACGGCCUUUUUAUUUGUUUGUUUUGAACGAGUCCCUACUGGCUAUUUGCCAGUUGUACAGUGCUGUGUGCUCUUGGGAUCUAAAUUCACUCACAGAUUUUGCUCUGCCUUCAGAUUUGCGGACUUUGUCUUCACUGCCUUUUCAGUGUGCUAGCGUACAGGUGAUCCAGGGUAGGAACUUAGCAGUUAGUUUUAAACUAUAGCAGUUAGGACAGAAAAUAAAGAAGCAGAAACCAAAUCCCCGUGCUGACGAUCAGCAUGCCUGUCCUGCUCUGCAGAGAGAGGAGUUAAGCCUGGGCCUGGAGGACACGUUUCUCCAAAGCUGAAUACAGUUCUCAGAUAUUUUUACUGCAUUUUGUUCUUGGUACAGCUGAACUUUCAAGUUUUCAAAGUUCCUGAUAUUUUAAAAAAUAAAAAUGAAUUUGUUCUGUAAA